AUGUCGUCUCUACAGUCUGCAGACUCGCGAAGCUCGCCCAUGGAGUCGGGUGCACUGAAGGCCGGCCACAGCAGCUCCAGAGUGUGGUCCGAGAUUCGAGGCGCCAUCAGGGCUCUCGGUCGAAACAGUCACAGCGACUCUGACGGCUCGACUGUCCAUGACUAUGUCUCCGGUGGACGCCGGCUGGCGAAGGGCAAGGGCAAAGCAGUUGACACCGAUUCCCAUUCUUGCAAUUCUCACACACCGCCGUCGACGCCGCGGAAAGGCAAGUCGCUAACACCUCGGGGAGUUGCCAAGAAGCUGGGGUUCGGCUCGGGUAUGGAAUCAAGCACCACCAUCGUCCUUCGAGGUUCCCCGUUGAAGACACGCGCCUCGCUUCAGGCCCUGGGCGGCGUCCCAUCCAAUCACUUGAGCGAGCGAAGAAGCUCUGUGUCCACAGAGAAGAGCAGCAAGAGGUCUACCGUCGAGAACACCUCCACUGCACAGACCUCCCUAGAGUCCCGCUUCUCGGAGUCUCCGUCAGCCAAGAGCGGAAGCAAGGGUGGGCAUAAUCGAAGGCAUCCGUGGUCCAGGUCUAGUCCAGAGGGCGGUACCUUGCAGACCAUCGACGAAGGGACGAGCAGUCAAAUCCAGCCAACCGUGCUGACUGCCGAAAAAGCCGCCGCUGCGAAGAUUUAUCUCGAGGAGCACUUCGACAGGCUUCUCAACAAGCCGAGUGCUCGCAGUUUGCGGCGCCAGUACCUUGAAUCCCAGCUCUACUACAGCCCUCAUCUGACCGCUGCGCAGAAAAACACCGUUCGAAGAGCCUUUGAUUAUCAAGAGUCGUGCCACGCUCGUGAGACUCGCGUUCUGAGAACACAGUCCAUUGCGUCGUUGCGAGGCGAGGGACCGGUUCCCCACGUCGACAAGUACGAGUCCCUCAGGAUCUUGGGUAGGGGUAGCUUUGGCGUGGUCAAGUUGGUGAGGGAAAAGGGCGACUCAGAUGGGCCUCCAGCGAAGCAAGUCUUUGCCAUGAAGGUAAUCCGGAAGUCGGAUAUGCUUCGUAGCAGUCAAGAAGGACAUCUCCGAGCCGAGAGAGACUUUCUUGUGGCUUCAGAAGGCUCACACUGGAUCGUCCCAUUGGUUGCUAGCUUCCAGGACCUGAAGAGUCUCUACCUUGUCAUGGAAUACAUGCCCGGCGGCGACUUUCUCGGGCUGCUGAUCCGCGAGAACAUCCUUCACGAAUCCGUCGCUCGUUUUUACAUCGCAGAGAUGAUUUUGGGCGUAGAGGAGGCACAUCGAUUAAAGUUCAUUCAUCGCGACAUCAAGCCAGACAACUUCCUCAUAUCAGCCUCCGGCCAUCUCAAGAUCUCCGACUUUGGGCUGGCCUUUGACGGGCACUGGUCUCACGAUGCCUCGUACUACAACUGCCAGCGAUAUACCCUCCUGCAGAGCCUCGGCAUUAGCGUCGAAGGCGAUGCGGAAGACAAAAAGAAAUGCGAAAACAUUUCCACCCAGCUUCCGUGGCUUCAAUCGAUGAAAGAGGUGCUCCAGCGGCAUCAACGUGGUGAUGAUGCAGAGACUGAGGAUUUGCCCAACCUUCUCGGCUGGAGGAACCGAUGCGGCAACCGAGCUGCGGCCAACUCGGUGGUCGGCACGAGCCAGUACAUGGCGCCAGAGUGGAGCAUUGGAAUUAUCUUGUACGAGUGUCUGUAUGGACACACACCUUUCUUCGCCGAGGACGGCAGGAAGCAGACCAAGACCAACAUCCUGGACCACAAGAGACUAUUCUCCUUCCCGCACAGGCCCAUGAUCAGCGACAAGUGCAAGGACUUGAUAUUCAGCCUCAUACAAGAAAAGGAAAAGCGGCUGUGCUCGAAGCGAUACCUAUGGAAGGACCGCGCCGCCGAAUCACAUCGACCAACUGACUUGUUUGGCAAAUUUGUAUUUCCUGACGACGCCGAAGACAUCAAAGUCCACAAGUGGUUUCGGAACUUUCCCUGGGAACGCGUUCACAACAUCAGCCCGCCCUUUGUGCCGCACAUUACAAGCAGCGACGAUACCCACUACUUUGACGAGUCGGAGCCCAUCGAGGACUUUUCCGACUCGUCGCCGGUUGCCGUGGAUGUCACUGACGAUGACGUGCGAGAGAUUCUUCGCGAUUUCCGGGCCUGCGUGCAGGCGGCGGCGAUGGAUCUGAUAUCCUCGCCUUACGACUCGGCAAGGCUUCGCAGCGCGGAUCACAGGAUCGACUCUAUCCAAAGCUUUACAGCCAACGAGAGAAAAGUCCUGAAGCACUUCAUCAGGGUAUACGGGCGGAAAGAGCGCAAGAGGCCGCGGGACAUCCUGCUCCGAGACGAGAAGACCAAGGACGCGGUGAUGGAGGUGCGCAAGAGGACGGCCUUUAUGGGGUACACGUGGCGGCGGAUGAGGCCUGGUGGCUACGUGAUGCCGAAGUAA